CAGUCAGAAUCGAGCAACAUGGCUGCAGUCUGCGCUGCCUCCCGUGUCCUCGGGAGAAAGAUUGUAUCAUCUAAAGCUGAUGCCAUUCACUACAUGACAGAGCAGGCACCUGCUGCAGUGGUGGAGCUGGAGAACUUUGGUAUGCCGUUCAGCCGUACCGAGGAAGGGAGGAUCUAUCAGCGUGCCUUCGGAGGCCAGAGUCUGAAGUUCGGUAAAGGAGGUCAGGCUCACAGAUGCUGUUGUGUGGCAGACAGGACGGGUCACUCUCUUCUUCACACACUCUAUGGACGGUCUCUAAGGUAUGACACUAGUUACUUUGUGGAGUAUUUUGCCCUGGAUCUGCUGAUGGAGGAUGGCGAGUGUAAGGGAGUCAUCGCACUGUGCAUGGAGGACGGAUCCAUCCACCGAUUCAGAGCCAAGAACACAGUCAUUGCCACUGGAGGUUAUGGCCGCACAUUCUUCAGCUGUACGUCAGCCCACACCAGCACAGGAGACGGUAAUGCCAUGGUGACCCGUGCUGGACUGCCCUGCCAGGAUCUCGAAUUUGUGCAGUUCCACCCCACAGGAAUCUAUGGAGCCGGAUGCCUAAUCACAGAGGGCUGCCGUGGAGAGGGAGGAAUCUUGAUCAACAGUGAAGGCGAGAGGUUCAUGGAACGUUAUGCACCCAAUGCCAAAGAUUUGGCCUCUAGGGACGUGGUCUCACGGUCCAUGACCAUUGAGAUCAGGGAAGGAAGACAUGCCAUCACCCAUGAGAAUGGAGAGGAUAUGGUGGUGCCAGGCCUGUACGCCUGCGGUGAGGCCGGCUGUGCAUCGGUGCAUGGUGCAAAUCGUCUGGGCGCCAACUCACUGCUGGAUCUGGUUGUGUUUGGACGCGCUUGUGCCCUGACCAUUGCUGAGACCAACACUCCAGGAGAGAAGCUUUCCCCUCUGAAACCCAAUGCAGGAGAAGCAUCUGUCACCAAUCUGGACAAGAUCCGCUUUGCUAACGGCAGUACCAGAACCUCAGAAAUCAGAUAA